AAAGGAGCAGACUGAGAGGAACAAACAGGUGAAGCUGGUUUGCUUUGAUUGUUUGCCUGCUGCUUUCUGCCUGUGAGGAUCCAGUCUGAGAAAGGAGCCAUGGCUGUCAACCAGUGUGUCAAAUAUCUGCUGUUCCUCUUCAACCUGCUGUUCUGGAUCUGCGGCUGCAUCAUCCUGGGAGUUGGGAUCUACCUGAAAGUCAGCAAAGAUGGAAACUCUAUUACAGAACAAUAUCUUCCUAGCUUUGAGCUAAUGAUCGCCAUCGGGGUGAUCAUCAUGGUGCUUGGCUUCCUGGGCUGCUGUGGAGCUUACAGAGAGAACCGCUGCAUGCUGCUAGUGUUCUUCGUCCUUCUGUUGAUCAUCUUCGCCCUGCUGUUGGCUGCGGGCAUCCUGGCAGCUGUCGAGGAGGGCAGGGUGAGAGAAUGGGUGGAGGAAAAGCUGAAGGAGCUUAAGCCACUUGCAAGUCAGCCACAAAAUGUUAAAGAUGACCUUGAGAAACUGCAGAGGGAGUUGAAAUGCUGUGGACUCACAGAGGGACCAAUUGAAUGGAAGUAA